GUUUAACAAAAAAAAAAGGGCAAAGGAAAGAGGAACUCUCUAGAACCCUUUUUUCACCCAAACUCAAAACCUUAUAUAAAUCACAUUACCAAUACCACUCUCCUCCCUAACCGUUUCUCUCUCUCUAUCUAUAUAUAUCGCGAUUCGUUCAUCUAUACACUUUCUUCGUUUUUUUUCUUUGAAUCGAGAUGGAUGAAGAUUUCGAGAUGCCUCCGGUCGGUGGAAUGAACGACGAAGACAUGGAUUUCGAUGACGCUGCCUACCUCAAAGUCGGAGAAGAGAAGGAGAUCCAACAAGGAUUGAAGAAGAAGCUUCUUAAGGAAGGCGAAGGAUUCGAGACUCCUGAAAACGGCGAUGAAGUUGAAGUGCACUACACUGGGACUUUGCUCGACGGUACGAAGUUCGAUUCCAGCCGCGACAGAGGCACGCCGUUCAAGUUCACUCUCGGUCAAGGUCAGGUUAUUAAAGGAUGGGAUAUUGGUAUUAAGACGAUGAAGAAAGGCGAAAACGCCGUGUUCACUAUUCCUUCGGAGCUAGCUUACGGUGAAUCUGGUUCGCCGCCGACGAUCCCUGCGAGUGCCACGCUUCAGUUUGAUGUGGAGUUGCUUUCAUGGUCUAGUGUGAAGGACGUAUGCAAAGAUGGCGGUGUGUUUAAGAAGAUUCUCUCUGUGGGAGAGAAGUGGGAGAACCCAAAGGAUCUCGACGAAGUUCUUGUUAUGUACGAGGCUAGACUUGAGGAUGGUACGGUUGUUGGAAAAUCCGAUGGUGUGGAGUUCACUGUCAAAGAUGAUGGUUUCGGGGAGAAGGGCAAACCAGCCUCUGACGGUGAAGCUGCGGUUCCUCCAAACUCGACGCUCGAGAUCAAUCUUGAGUUAGUUUCGUGGAAAACAGUUUCAGAAGUAACUGAUGACAACAAGGUUAUCAAGAAAAUCUUGAAGGAAGGGGAAGGAUAUGACCGUCCUAACGAGGGCGCAGUUGUGAAAGUGAAACUGAUCGGAAAACUUAAAGAUGGUACUGUAUUCCUGAAGAAGGGCCAUGGUGAAGACGAGGAGCCCUUUGAAUUCAAAACAGAUGAAGAGCAAGUGAUCGAUGGGCUUGAUAAAGCUGUGAUGAAGAUGAAGAAAGGUGAAGUGGCAUUAGUGACCAUAGAGCCAGAGUAUGCCUUUGGUUCAACUGAGUCAAAACAGGAAUUGGCCAUUGUUCCUCCAAAUUCAACACUCUAUUACGAGGUUGACCUUGUGACUUUCGAAAAGGAAAGGGAAUCAUGGGACAUGAACACUGAGGAGAAGAUAGAAGCUGCAGGUAAGAAGAAGGAAGAAGGAAACUCCAAGUUUAAAGCAGGCAAGUAUGCUCUAGCUUCCAAGAGAUACGAGAAGGCUGUUAAAUACAUUGAAUACGACACAUCUUUCAGUGAGGAAGAGAAGAAGCAAUCAAAAGCCUUAAAGGUUGCUUGCAAUCUAAACGAUGCAGCUUGCAAACUGAAGCUGAAAGAUUACAAGCAAGCUGAAAAGCUAUGCACAAAGGUAUUGGAACUUGAAAGCACCAAUGUUAAGGCUUUAUACAGGAGAGCACAAGCGUACAUGGAGUUAGCUGAUUUGGAUUUGGCUGAGUUUGAUGUUAAGAAGGCUCUUGAAAUUGAUCCCAACAAUAGGGAGGUGAAGCUGGAGCAGAGAAAGUUGAAGGAGAAGAUGAAGGAGUUUAACAAAAAGGAGGCCAAAUUUUACGGGAACAUGUUUGCGAAACUAACUAAGGAAGCAUCAAAAGAUGGAGAGGCUAUGAGCACCUGAUGAGUGUCUUGAAACGUUUUCAAGAUAUCUGCAGUUGUUUUUCAUUUCUUCUUCUUUUGGUUUGUUGCAACGUUUUUUUAUAUCUUUAGUUGUUUAACAUUUCAGCGUUAGCGAAGAUUCACAAACAAAAAAGGAGACGUAUGUUGAAAACACUUGGAUUUAGAGAUAUAAUCUCAUGUGUUGUUUCUUGACAUUGCCAGAUUAGCGAAUUUGAGGUCGAAGUUUGAAAUAAAUAAAAAGAAAAGAACUUUUAUAGAUUUUCAAAAAAAUAUUAGAGACAUUGCAAUAGCAACCGUCAAGAAAACCAUUCCCCACAACACCACCUAUGGAGUAUGGAGGACGAAUACAUUUUGACAUGCUUUGUUAUGAAUCCGAAGUUGUAUGAUCA